ACCACUACCACUAGCAGCCGAAACAGCUUCUCGAAGCUUCCCCGAAUCCCCAUCCGUCCCCCACCAAAUCCGCCACGCCGCAGCCCGGAGCUCCUAGGGAAGGAGGAGGAGCGCUCGCCGCCGCCGGCCGGAAGAACCCGAGCUUCGUAGCCGCGUCGCCGAUUCGCCGCCGAGUUCCCCAGCCUGGCCGUUUCCCCACCGGGGUUGACCAUGGUUGCGCCCCGCCGGCGCCACCCCGCCGAGCUUCGCUGCGCCCGCCAGCGUCGUCCGUACACCGUCAUUCAGUUGUAGUAAACCACUAGCAGCUACUGCCUUGGAUCGAAAAGAAAGCAUAGUUCAGGAUCGCUACCUUGCCAUUACAAAGGGGAGAGCAAAGUGAUUUGCUGUCUCCUGAUUGUGGUCCGUUGAAGUCCGGUGAUGGCAGAUGCUAGUUCGAGGACAGACACCUCAACUGUUGUAGAUAACCAUAGCAAGAACCACAGGUUAGAACAAGGACAAAGUGGGGCACUCAUGGCUUCUAAUUCUUCAGAUAGGUCUGACAGGUCGGACAAACCUUUGGACCAAAAGACACUGCGGCGUCUUGCUCAAAAUCGCGAGGCAGCAAGAAAAAGUCGGCUGAGAAAAAAGUCAUAUGUGCAACAGCUAGAGAGCAGUAAGCUGAAACUUGCACAACUAGAGCAGGAGCUCCAGAAAGCUCGCCAGCAGGGGAUCUUCAUCUCCAGCUCCGGAGACCAAACCCAUGCCAUGAGUGGAAAUGGGGCACUGACUUUCGACAUCGAAUACACUAGAUGGCUUGAGGAGCAAAAUAAGCAAAUAAAUGAGUUGAGAACUGCAGUCAAUGCUCAUGCAAGUGACAGUGACCUGCGCCUCAUCGUAGAUGGCAUAAUGGCACAUUAUGAUGAAAUAUUUAAGGUCAAAGGCGUGGCGGCGAAGGCCGAUGUGUUCCAUAUACUGUCAGGCAUGUGGAAGACACCUGCUGAAAGGUGCUUCCUAUGGCUUGGGGGUUUCCGCCCAUCCGAGCUUUUGAAGCUCCUGGCGAAUCACCUUGAGCCUCUGACUGAGCAGCAGCUUCUGGGGUUAACAAACCUCCAGCAAUCUUCCCAGCAGGCAGAGGAUGCACUGUCACAAGGGAUGGAAGCCUUGCAGCAGUCCUUGGCAGAGACAUUGGCCGGAUCUCUCGGCACCUCAGGUUCUUCAGGUUCAUCUGGUUCUUCAGGAAAUGUGGCAAACUACAUGGGUCAGAUGGCCAUGGCCAUGGGCAAACUCGGAACGCUUGAGAAUUUUCUUCGCCAGGCGGACAACCUGCGGCAGCAGACCUUGCAUCAAAUGCAACGGAUCCUGACGAUCCGGCAGGCCUCUCGUGCUCUCCUAGCUAUCCACGACUACUUCUCACGUUUGCGUGCCCUGAGUUCCCUGUGGCUCGCGAGGCCACGGGAAUAACAGAAGAUGGUCAGGUGGAGUUCUUCCUUGUGCUGAUCUGACCUGGCAAACACUCCCCGUCCGACAAUUUGGCUAUUCCGUUUUUUGCCUUGUAAAAUUAUGUGUAACCUGCUGCUGUUGUCCAAAUUAAUCACACUGGGGUGGUGCAUAAAGUUAUAUGAUGAUAUAUGCCUGUGAGGUAUAAAAUGUCAAUGAUGAUUGUGUAAAACUGUGGCUAGCAAUAAAGAGUAGGUGAAUCAGGAUCUGUUGUACUAGGUUUUUUGGUAGUCAGAAGUGUAUGUAGUGGCUGAAGACUCGGUUCGGUUGUAGUACUCCAUUUAACUCGUGCAUAUCCUGUGGAUCAUGGAAAGGCCAAUCGAGUACAACAGUUAAUCA